AUGAGUGAGCGGUUUGACUGUGAGAACUGUAAGGAGUCCCUGUAUGGGAGAAAAUACAUUCAGGCGGAGGAUCACCCAUACUGCAUCCCCUGCUAUGACAGCCUGUUUGCCAACACCUGCGACGAAUGCAAGGAGCUCAUUGGCCAUGACUCCAGGGAGCUGUUUUACGAGGACCGGCACUAUCACGAGCACUGUUUCCGUUGUUUCCGCUGUGAUCGUUCUCUAGCCGACGAGCCUUUCACCAGUCAGGACGACGCCCUGCUAUGCAAUGACUGCUACUGCAACGAGUUCUCUUCCAAGUGCGUGGCCUGCGACAAGACUGUCAUGCCUGGAACCAGAAAGUUGGAGUACGGUGGCUCCACAUGGCAUGAGGGCUGUUUUGUCUGCAGCAGCUGCGAGCAACCCAUUGGUUCCAAAUCCUUCAUACCAGUUAAAGAUGAGCACUACUGUGUGACCUGCUACGAGGAUAAGUUCGCCCCUCGCUGCACCCGAUGCAAACAGGUUCUGUCUAAAGGAGGUGUCACCUAUCGCGAUGAGCCUUGGCAUAAGGAGUGCUUUGUAUGCACGGGCUGUAAGAUUCCACUAGCUGGCCAGCAUUUCACUUCACGUGAAGACAGUCCUUACUGCCUCAAGUGCUUCGGCAAUCUCUACGCCAAGAAAUGUGAGGCCUGCAGCAAACCCAUCACAGGUUUCGGAGGAGGAAAGUAUAUCUCGUUUGAGGAGCGACAGUGGCAUCAGCCCUGUUUCACCUGUUCCCGGUGCUCGGUCUCUCUGGUGGGGGCCGGCUUUUUCCCUGACAGGGAUGAGAUCCUGUGUCGUGACUGCAACAGCAACUUAUAG